CAAAGACCAUAUUAGCUUUAUUAAGGCUAAUGAAGGAAAACAAUGUCAGCUUUGCAGACAGGAUGUGAUUGGGUCAGAAGAGCACCUACAAAAAAGGCAUUUUAAAUAUGCCGUGCACCUUAGAGAUGGCGAUAUUGUUCUUUUCACAGUACCAUGCUUUUGUGAAAAAAAUGAUCAAAAAAGAAGUCACUGGCAUUGUUUUAAAUGUGACAAGAUUAUACAAAAGGAGAAAUUCAUUUGAAGAACAUCUGCAGAAACAUGGUUGCAUGGUGACACCUUUCAAAGAUCUGCCAAAGACAAGCAAGCCACAGAAAACCAAUGAAAAUGCAGAAAGUGCUCCUGUUGGUGAACAGAGAUUUCUGUGUUCCUUCUGUUCAUCCUCUUUUACUACAGCAGGGAGUCUUCGUAGACAUGAAAAAGAGUUUCAUGUUACAUCAGAUCCGGUUUACUGUGUUGACGUACAGCAAGGUGUCUUUGUUACAGCCAAAAACAGUAGAGGCCAAAGAGUGCCAAUACAUGUACAAAAAAACACCACCUCUCAAAUAAUUGCCUGCGAAGUACCAGAAUGCAGGGAGUUCAUGACUCUGGCCAAACUUAGUGGAAAGCCUGGUGCAGAGUGUGAGCAUCUGAUCAAAGUUUCUUCUGCUCCACCGUACAUUCCUCCUGAGCCUCUGAAAGAAGAAUCUUUAAAGACUAUGCAGGAAAAAGGAUUGAUUUCCACCAACAGAAUGUCAGAGUGCCUCAAACACAGUAAGGCAGCAUCAGAAGAGGGAAUCUGCUCUGUGUAUCCUAUUUUUCAUGAGAAACAUGAAGAUUCAGGAAGAUUUGUUUAUUUUUCAAUUUAUUAAGGAAGGAAGGAAAGAUGGUGCCUCUUUGGGCGGACAAGAGUGUCAUUUGACAGAUUGUUGGGGCACUGGUAUUGCCUUUGUAAAGGAACGAAGAAGCAGUACAGAUGUCUUCACAUCUAUAUGGCAAUGUGGUGGCUUUACCAAGAAAGAGAGGACUUAGUAAUUGAGUGUUCAAGAGCAGACAGUGACUUGUCAGGGGACCCAUCUGAAAAUGAAGAAAUUGAAGAUGGUGUUGUAGGAGAAAGACUGACAAAGCACCAACUGGUUGCAAUGACUAAUUAUUUGUGGCAAAGCAAAAGAAUACCAGAAGAUUUGCCACACGAAUUAAGGACUCGGGCAAGUGAAAUACCAAAAAGGUUUGAACCCACAGAGCAAACAUGCCCUUAUUGCCCUGGGCCAACCCCACCAGGUCUCACAGAACCAGUUGUUGUCACAAAGAGAGCAUCGGUUUAUGACAUAGACUCAGUGAAGAAAGGUGUUACAGUGUGUGUAAAGUACUGAUCUGCAAGACACCUGUCAGGUUUCAGGAAUACACUGCAGGAUUUCACAAUUUUAACAACAUCAUUGUUUUGACAACUCGUCUAUGUGCAAUGAUGACAUCUGCCCUCAAGACAAACACAGCCAUUGGGCGAUUUCUAUCCAUGCUGGAGGACCUCCUUACAGUAACAAUUCACCACAACACCC